CUUCUCCAGGAAAGCAGAAAUCAUUAGCCUCAGAGGUUAAAAUGCAGCGCAGUGGCUGAAACAUGUGACAGCGGUGGAAGACAGGAAGAUAGGAAAGGACUCCAAAUAAUAAAACUGCACCCAAGACCAAAUCAAACGUUUCAUCUGGGUAGAAGAUGAAUGAGUGUGCGAUGACAUGGAGGUGAAGAAUUUUGUCUGAUUAGUGCAUUAACAACAGAAACGGCUUUGAGGGAUUUCCAGCAUUUUAUUAAAUAAGCUGUCUGUGACAAAAAGGAUUUUCUCCACAAACAUGGCCACAGAGUAUCCCGCGGACAAAUUUAAAGCUGUGUGGUUGAUUCUCUUUAUGCUUGGAUUAGGGACUUUACUGCCAUGGAAUUUCUUCAUGACUGCCACUGUGUACUUUAAGCAGCGCCUCGCCGACCCUGCUCCAGUCAACGAGACCUUAGGAGAGAGUCGAAAUGGCCUGAUAGACAAAUUCAGCAACACAAUGACCCUGUGUGCCAUGAUCCCUCUCUUAAUCUUUACCUGCCUCAACUCCAUUCUUUACCAGAGAAUUCCUCAGAACAUAAGGAUUUUGGGUAGUCUCGUAUCCAUCUUGGUGGUGCUUUGUGUGACUGCCAUCAUGGUUAAACUGUCUGUUAAUCCCAUACCAUUCUUUGCCAUUACCAUGAUAAAGAUUGUCAUUAUUAAUGCGUUUGGCGCUAUACUCCAGGGCAGUCUCUUUGGUAUGGCCGGUGUGUUCCCUGAUGGUUACACGACACCCAUCAUGAGCGGUCAGGGUCUGUCUGGAACCUUCGCUGCGUUAGCUAUGAUCUGCACCAUCGCAAGUGGUUCUGAUUUAAUGGACUGUGCUUUUGGGUACUUCAUUACCGCCUGCAUUGUUAUCAGUCUCGCCAUUCUGUCCUACAUCAUCCUCCCAAAACUGGAGUUCUACCGAUACUACCAGAAGAAAAGCCAGAACGAUCCAGCUUUAGAUGCGGAGAAAGAAAUCAAACUAAUGAAAAAUGGGGACAGCAGAGGAGGGAUGAGCACAAGCGAAGAUGUUCAGCAAAAUCCCUCAAUUCUGAGCAUCUUUAAAAAAAUCUGGGUGAUGGCUCUGUCUGUGUGCUUUGCCUUCACUGUCACCAUCGGCGCUUUUCCCGCUGUCAUUGUGGACGUCAAAUCUACCAUUGCUGAUGGAGGACGUUGGGAGAAAUAUUACAUUCCCGUCUCCGGUUUUCUGCUCUUCAACCUGUGUGACUGGUUGGGACGGAGCCUGACUGCUGUGUGUUUGUGGCCAGGGAAGGACAGCAAACUUUUGCCAGCGCUUCUGUUGGCGCGUCUGAUCUUUGUGCCUCUCUUCAUGCUGUGUAACGUACAGCCACGCUUCAUCAUGCCUGUCUACUUCUCUCAUGACGCCUGGUUCACCGUCUUCAUCACCCUCUUCGGUUUCUCCAACGGCUACCUGGUCACCCUUUGCAUGUGUUUUUGUCCCAAGCUAGUGGAUGGACACGAAGCAGAGACGGCUGGAGCCAUCAUGGCUUUUUUCUUGUCUCUAGGUCUGGCCUUCGGCGCGGCCGUCUCCUUCCUGUUUCGAGGGGUCAUUUGAGGUCAACGUGUCAAUUGUGGGAUGUUUAUUGACGUUCUAUUUUCAGUUCGAUUGGUUUGAUAUGAUCUCCUUGUCAGUUCAGAUGCGAGGAGGAGGAGAAAGGUCUGUGGGAAGUGAAGUGGGUAAAACCGUCGGACAGCUUGAAUCAUAGUGAGACAUUCCCUUAUGAUGGAAUUAACUUUAAAAAAAAAAAAACAUUUUAGUUUCACCUUUUUACUAAAAAAACUACCUCUUUUUUAUAUUGUUUAAAGAGUCUAUUAUGAUAUGUACACUUCUUGCUUUAUUGAGUUGUAUAAAGCACCACAGGGUUUGAAAAUUAAUCAAGAAUUAAUCGAAACAAACAUUCUCUAAUCGACAUAAUCUUGCCCGUGUCAAUUAUUAUUAAUAUUUUAAAAAAUCUUUAAUCCUUUUUUUAUUCUGUUUCUACUUUCCCGGUGGCACAGUGGCUUAGUGGUUAGCACUGUUGCCCUGCACCUCCAGGGUCUGGGUUCGAUUCCUGCCUUGGGAUCUGUGUGCAUGGAGUUUGCAUGUUCUCUCCGUGCUUGGUGGGUUUCCUCCCACAGUCCAAAAACAUGCAGAUUAUGCUAAUUGGCGUUCCCAAAUUGCCCGUAGUGUGUGAAUAAGUGUGUGUGCGCCCUGCAAUGGAUGGACACCUCAUCCAAGGUGUACGCCGCCUCGUGCCCUAAGCCUCCUGGGAUAGGCUCAGUCUCCCCGCGACCCUGUAUACAGGAUAAAGCGGUAUAGACGAUGCGUAAGAGAUUCAGUGAGUAAUACUUUCUCCACUGUGUGUGUUCAUGUUCUGUCCACUUAAAAACAUAUGACUGUGUGUAGUCACAUGAGUCCACCCCUUCCAGUCUGUAACACGGACAAGAACUCUUUCAUUAGGAAAGAAAAUGUAACAGUUGAGCAUAUUUACAGUACAAACCUCGUCAGUGAAGUACGAGGACAAAGAAAA